AUGUUGGAUCAGUCUGGCUUGUUCCCAUCAAAACUGAAUCGACCAUGGUGGCAUAAACCGAUGAGGUAUAUUAUUGGGCUAGGACCAAUACCUAAACAUAUUGCAUUUAUUAUGGAUGGUAAUCGGCGAUACGCACGGUAUUGUGGUUUUCAGAAUAGCUUAAUCGGGCAUUCCAAAGGUUUCGAUCAGCUUACAAAGAUAAUAGAAUGGUGUGCAGAUUUUGCCGUGAAAGAAUUAACUGUGUAUGCAUUUAGCAUCGAAAAUUUUAAAAGAAGCGAAGAUGAAAUCAAUGGAUUAAUGGCGCUUUUCGAACAAAAACUUAUCCAAAUUUUACAAGAAAGAGAAAUGUUGGUUGAAAAACAAGUGGCUUUUCGUUUCUUUGGUGAAAAAUCGUAUUUACCUUUGAAAAUUCAGAAAUUAACUGCUCAAUUGGAAUUAUUCACAAAGGAUUUUACGAAGAGUGCAAUUAACGUAUGUAUAGCUUAUACGGCACAAGAUGAAAUGAAGCGUGCUAUUGUAUAUAUUAGUAAAGGCAUCGAAAAAGGAUUAUUAACGGAGAAUGAUAUAAACUAUGGUUUAAUAUCUCAAUGUUUGGAUAGUCGAAAUUCGCGCAAACUAGAUUUAUUAAUUCGAACCAGUGGAGAAAAAAGGCUAAGCGAUUUUCUUUUAUGGCAGAGUUCGAAUUGUUAUGUUCAUUUUGAAGAUGCGCUUUGGCCAGAUUUUGAUUUUUGGCAUUUAUGUAAAGCCAUUCUUUGCUAUCAAUUUAAUAAUAAACAAAUAGAAUAUUUAAAUAGUAAAUGCAAUGAACAAUUGGAACAUUUAAUGAAUGAUCGCAUUCAAAAUUUUCUUUUGUGGAUGCAAGAAGAUAAACUCAAUGAUUUAAUGAGAAUCGCUGAAAUCAGUUGUUGA